CUGCUAGGUACCUGAGGUACCAGGUAUUUGUCCCAUCUUGGCACCUCAUAUCCAUCUGGCAUCCGUCGACAAUACUCAGAGGCGUGGGCGCUGGGCAUUCCGGAAAUACCUCACCUUACAUCCAUACCUGCCUGUACCUGACCUACUGCACCUGAAGGCUUAAGGAUACAUGUACUGAUAUCAACCUGUUGCACGUGGCCGCUUCAAUGACCCCCAAGACGCUCGACCAUCUCAUCCUCCUCGCCGCCCUCUCUGCCUCGUCUGAGCACGCGUAGCAGACUACCUGUACCUAGCAGUACCUAGCAGUACCUAGCAGUAUUGAGAUAUCAUAUCGGCCCAGGACAAUAUCUGCACGGGACCCUAUUCCGUCUUCACUACAACCGACGGGUGCACCUGCUUCUUAUCCGCCGAAUAACCUGGAAGGUCACACAGCCUAUCUGGCAAUCUGCCGAUAGGUACCUGCCUGAUUAUUGUUGCUUCACCUACGAGGCAGGAGCUACCUGACCUGUACCUACCGCUACCGCUACCGCUACUGUCCCGUCCCUUCCUUAUCAGCCCGCCCUCUCUUCUAGGAGGUACGGCAAGCUCCCUCCAUCGGACCAGAUCGCCACCAACAAAUAUGGCUACGGCCAUGGCACUGCCGCCCGUGGCCCCGCGAGCUUCACCAAGACCUAUUGCGGCAUGGUCGCCUCCCAAACAACAACAGCAGCAACAGCAACCACAACCACAACCACAACCACAACAGCAACAGCAACAGCAACAACAACCACCACCGCCGCCGCCGCCGCCCAACGAGCGCACCGAGCACAACCCGCCCGUAAAGCAACUACACAAAUCGCCGCUGCCCGCCAAGCCCAAGAGAGAACGGCCCUGUGACGGCUGCCGGCGCCGCAAAUCCAAGUGCGUGCUCCAGGACGGCCGGAAAUGCGUGCUAUGCGAGUUCCACAAACAAGAAUGCACCUUUGUGGAGAACGCGCAGCCCAGGAAGCGCAAAGCACCAGACGAUGCAUCGAAGAAUGGACCCCCGGCGAAGAAGAGUCCCAUCGCCAAACGAAGACCCUCCCUCCCUCUGACCGUGGCCCCCGUCUCCAUACCACCCACCACCGCCGAAUCCCAUCCCGUGCCCGUGUCCACGCAGCCCCCUAUGCGGAAGCCGUUUGCCGUGGACGAGUCGUUGAGCUUGCAACGGCAUCGACAUUGCAAAUAUUUGGGCCAGACGACGCCCCUGGACGCCUCGCUGAUUGGAUUGGGCACCUUCAACGACAAGAAUGAAACCGAGUCGCAGCUGGGCAUGCUGCGACAAGUCACCAGCACCGAAUACUUUAGCACCCACGACGAUGCGACGGUGCCCAUUCCCAACGACGAGGCGCGUGCCUUAAAGGACAUCGAGCACGUCGUCGGUACGCACGGUCCUGCCCUGAUCAACAUCUACUUCCGUAAUGUACAUCCUAGCUAUCCGAUUGUGCAAAAGCAAGCCUUUCUGGAUCGGCAUCGACACGGCGACCGCCACUUCAAUCCACCAUUACUCGCUGCCAUGUACCUGCUGGCAUUGGCCUGGUGGCAGCAUGAUCCCAGUCUGGCUGCCCACCCGAAGCCUGAUGUUGCAAGGCUCGAGUACAUUGCCAUGACCAGUCUGACUGUUGCCAUGCAGCGGCCUAAGAUUUCUGCUGUGCAAGCAGGACUGUUAUUACUGCAACGCGCCAAGGCGAGUACGUGGACGCUAACGGUCCAACUCGUGGCUCUGGGUCAGGACAUUGGCCUGCACCUGGAUUGCUCCGACUGGUCCAUCCCACACUGGGAACGCCUCCUCCGAAAGCGUUUGGCCUGGGCACUCUACAUGCAAGACAAGUGGAGCGCGGUCAUGUACGGUCGGCCCUCACAUAUCAACGCAUCUGAUUGGAACGUGUCCUCGCCGACCGAGGGCGAUUUCGACGAGUCCAUUAACCCCCUUCCCACCCCCAACGAGGACAGCGAUGAUGCCGAGUCGAUGAAGGGCAGAAUGUGCUUUAUGCAAAUGAUUGCCCUGACCAGCAUCAUGGCCGAAGUAUGUGACACCUUCUACAGCGAAGUCGCCAAGGCCGAGUUUGCACGUGCUGGUCGCUACGCCACUCAACUGGUGCUCAAUCGAGCCAAACCAGUGCAGCUCAAGUUGAAAGACUGGAUCGCAAAGCUGCCCGCAGAGUGCAAAAUGGAUAGUUUCAGUCCCGGUGUCUUGUCUUCGCAGGGCUAUCUUCACCUGGCCUACUUUGCCACGGAAAUCAGCAUCCACCGGCGCAUCGUCCAGUCCUUGAAUCCCGCAGCAGAUCCCUACAUGCUCUACAUCUGCCGCUCCGCAGCCAAGACGCGCCUGAUUAGCGCUCUGGAUUUCGUCAACCGCCUGAAGCCCGAACAUCUCGAUGCCUUUUGGUACUUUUGCUCCGCCUCUAACUUUGCUCUCGUCGGCACGUUUGGAGCACUUCUCAUGACGACCAGUCCGGGAAAAGAGGAAGCGCAUUUUUACGCGUGCCGGCUGAAUGAGUUUCGAUGGACAUUGACGGUCAGCAGCAAGAAUGCGGCGUGGAUCGAAACGGCGUUGGAGACACUGUCGGCGACCAGUCAGCUCUUGCGGUCAUUGCCUGAAAAACCGGCGAUUGAGGCGUCACCGGCGACGGAGAUGCAGUUGUACUCGGGGCCUUUGGAUGGUGGCGGGGGAGGCGGAGGAGAGAAUGUUACGGGGGUGGAGGAGGCAGAGGGGAGUUAUGGGUCUAGUGAGCAUACAUACUAAUACGCUUACUGUUUGAGUGAGUGGUUGAUAGAUGAAUGAAUGAAUGAAUCA